GUUCUUAUCAGAAGCAGCAAUGGCCAGCUAAUGCUAGUAUCUCAACAAGCAAUAGCACGAACACAGAGUCAGCCACAAAAUAACACAAGUGUGAGACCGUCUGUACCAACCAGCACACCUGCAAUCAGAAUAUGUGCUGUGCAGAACUCUGGCACCCAGUUACUAAAGAAAGCAGCUACUCCUGUGAAAGCGCUGUCUCAGACAACAAAUACUGUGGCUUCUGCUGUUCAGCCACCUGCUGUAAUACAGCCAGCAGCUACAACAGCUAGUGUUACUACAGUUACUGCUGUAAAGCCUUUGAGUACUGGAACACCUGUAAAGCUUCCAGUUACAGGACCACCUGCACAAGCUAUCUCCCAAAAGGCAGUCUCUGUGAAAGCAGAGGGCACAACAGUAGCACAGACCAGCACUUCUACAGAGAUGCUAGAGAAUGUGAAGAAAUGCAAGAAUUUUCUUGCUACGCUAAUAAAGCUGGCAUCUAGUGGACCUCAAGCCCCUGAGAUGGGGCAGAAUGUGAAGAAUCUGGUGCAAAAUCUACUGGAAGCAAAAAUUGAACCAGAAGAAUUUACAAAAAAGUUAUACAUAGAGCUCAAGUCAUCUCCACAACCGUAUUUAGUUCCUUUUCUCAAGAAAAGCAUGCUUGCCUUACGACAGCUAAUGCCCAAUGCUCAGAGCUUUAUCCAGCAGUGUAUGCAGCAGCCAGCUCCAACCCAAGAAGCUGUUUCAACUUGUACCUCUGCAGCACCAGCUCCUUCAAUAGCAAUGGCAACCUCAGCUGUAGCAACAACUUCUCUUCCAGUUAUCAAACCAGUGUCUGCCUCUGUAACGGUCACAGCCUCUCCGGUUAUAAAACCAGUCCUUGUCAGUGCAUCAGCAACAGCUUCUCUGCAGACCAUGAAGCCUGUUCCUGCCGCUGCAGUGGUGACAGCAUCCCUUCGGCCUGCAGCUUCAGUCAUCACCACAACGGUAGCAACAUCUGGGCUGACUGCUAUCCAAACUGUCAAGCCAGUCUUCACCUCUGCGGUAGCAACGUCCUCUCUCCAGUCUGCAAAGCCACUGCUGGUUUCUACAGCAGCAUCUUCAGCAACAACCCCUCUCCAGCCUCUGAAACCAGUCAUUGGAACUCCAAUCAGUAUUAAAAUCUCACAGCCAAACUCCAUCGUUGCGCAGCCAGUAGGUGCUCAGCAGGUGGUUAAAGUAAAACAGUUGGUGGUCCAGCAACCAUCAGGAACUGUUGUAAAGCAAGUAUCUGCACUCCCGCAGCCUUCAACACUGACCCUACAGACAUCUGCUGAGAAAAGGAUGCCGCUGAACACACUUAUUCAAACUAACCAGUUCCCUGCAGGUUCCAUUCUGAAACAAAUUACCCUGCCAGGAAAUAAAAUUCUGUCGCUUCAGGCAUCUCCUGUUCAGAAAGCUAAAAUAAAAGAGAAUGGAGCAACACCCUUCAGAGAUGAAGAUGACAUAAAUGAUGUGACUUCUAUGGCUGGGGUCAAUCUUAACGAGGAGAACGCGUGCAUUUUGGCAACAAACUCUGAGCUCAUUGGUACAGUGAUCCGCUCUUGUGCAGAUGAACCUUUUCUCUCCUCGGAAGCACUUCAGAAGAAGAUCUUGAACAUAGGUAAAAGGCAUGACAUUAUGGAACUUAACUCUGAUGUUGUGAACUUGAUCUCCCACGCUACACAGGAGAGAUUACGAGGGCUCAUAGAGAAACUAACUGUAAUUGCUCAGCACAGAGUAUCAACCCACAAGGGGAGUGAUAGGUACAUUGUAUCUAGUGACACCAGAGCACAGCUGAGAUUUCUUGAAAAGCUUGAUCACCUAGAAAAGCAGAGAAAGGAUGAAGAGGAACGUGAAAUGUUGCUUCGAGCAGCCAAGAGCCGUUCCAAUAAAGAAGAUCCAGAGCAGCUGCGGUUAAAGCAGAAAGUGAAAGAGAUGCAACAAUUGGAGUUAGCACAAAUGCAACAAAGAGAAGCCAACCUCACAGCUUUGGCAGCCAUUGGACCAAGGAAGAAAAGACCAUUGGAUUCAUCAAACAUUGGAUCUGGGCUGGAGGAUUUGAAAGGCAAUGCAAUUGCUCCUGGAUCAUCAGGUUUUAGCCUUAUGAAACAGCUGCUCUGUCCAAGAAUAACCCGCGUCUGUCUCAGGGACUUGAUAUUCUGCAUGGAACAAGAGAGGGAGAUGAAGCAUUCUCUAACCUUGUACCGUGCUCUUCUGAAGUAAUUUGAAUUUUACAUUUCAACUUGCUGUCUACUGCCAAAGAAAACACUGAAGCAUUGUUGCACUGUCUUGAAAUUCCAAUUUCUGGAAAAUGAUCCGUUGUAAGGAUAACUCUUGUUUACAGAUAAACAUUUUUAUU